AGUAGAUCUCUGGAAAUAAUUCUGCAGUGAGAAGAUGGUCAAAGGGGAGACCAGCUGAAGCUUAUAGGGAUUUGAGGGAUGGCUUCUUUUUUACUAACCUUCCUAAACCUUGUCCUGCUUUAUCAAGACACUCUGACCAUCCAUCCUGGCUAUUCGAUUUCAGUGCCUGAGAAAGUCUUUGUUGAACUGAAUCAUUGCAUUGAUGUGCCCUGCACGUUCACAGUUCCUGAAUGGUACUCCAAAAGCUCCUCGCCCUUGUACGUCUAUUGGUUUAAGAGUUCGAAGAGACGUUACUAUAUGUUGUGGAUCAACAUCUGGGUAUCAGGAGAACUGAUGGUCACCAAUGACUUAAGACAGAAAGCCGAAAUUACCGAUUUUAAGCUGACAGGAGACCCAAGGAAAGGCAGCUGCUCCUUCAGCAUUGCAAAUGCCCAGUUCGAGGACUCGGGCAAGUACUACCUGAGAAUUGAUAAAGGACCAGGAUUUAGGCAUGCAUUUGUAUCGCCUAGUACACAACCUCACACAAAUCCCCAAAUUGUGGUGACAGAUAUCAAGAAGCCAAUAAUUUGGAAGCCUUCUUCCUUUCUCUGGGGAGAAACCGUCGUUUUCAGCUGUGUGAAACCGGAUUGCUGCUUGAAACCUAAGCCUCAGAUCCUCUGGUCCUUGAAACCAAGCCAAUGGAACUUUUCUGAUUGGGCCAUCCAACAGAGCAGAUGGUCCUGGACCUAUGGAGCAAACCUCAGCUUCGUACCCUCUUUAGAUAAUGAAGGGUUAAUCCUCAUUUGUUAUUUAAAGUAUCCUACCACAACGAAACUCAUACAAAAUGCUGUCCAGCUUCACAUGGCAUAUAGUCCUCAAGUCAGGGUCAUUCAUAUUUGUAAGUAUGACAGCAAUGGCACCACCGUUUGUUCUUGUGCCUUCCACUCUUGGCCUCCACCACAGAUCCAGUGGUACUUGAACCACCAACAUUUAAUCAAGAACAUCACCUCCGACGAUGUAAACAUCACAUUCUCAAUUCGAGGCAACACUGGCGUCAGUUCCUUACAUCUCCUAGGAAAUAAAUUAAAUUCCUAUAUAAUCACUUGCAGAGGCAUAAAUCCUAUUGGAUUCUCCAAUUUGAAGAUGCUGUCUCUUCCAGACAAGACAGUGAAGACGCUGCAAAAUGUUCAACUUCCUGCAAUUAUUCUUGGAACAUGUGUAAUACUUUUACUCUUGAUAGUCAUGCUUUACUACUUCUCUGAUCGCCUAUGUCGAGAUUGAUCGAAAUAGAAAAAGAUCUAGUCCAGAAAUUGUGUCUCCACAGAAUGAAAAAUGAACCAGGCCACACAGCCAGCGAGAUAAAUCUCAGGAUAAAUGCUUCCCCUCAUUACAUCCGGAACCUCUGACGCUUUUUAUCUGCGUGUCUGUGUACAA